AUGGAAAACAGCAGUGGUGUUGCAGAUCCGACACGCGAGAGCAGAGCCGUUGCGAUGGCUAAGUUAAACUCGUUGCCGAGAAAUAAGUACGCGGCUGAUAUCGGCUGCGAAUUCGCAGAACUGUAUUAUUCCAUGAUGCGUACUUCACCAGAGUACGCAAAUGAAUUUUACGACGAUCAAGGCGAGUUCCAAACGGUGUUUGAAGACGGGUCGGCCAUCGUCGUCAGGACCCGGUUACAAGUAAAGCAUAUUUUGAUGCGACCUAUGUCCGCGUGCGACUAUAUAGUUAAAUCGAUGAUUCCGAUGUCCUGUGGCGGAUCGUCUGGCGGCGUGAUGGUUAUGGUCACCGGUGAGCGUUUUACGCAAAAUUUCCUCUUGGAGCACCGUCCAGAAAGGAUGUUGGGUUACGCCAUUGUGGUGUCCUUAACACAAUAUAUUCCCGAAGGACCAGUCACCUACAACCAGACGCCACUAACAACAUUCGGUGGUGGUGACAGUCAGGCUAUCACUGGCGCCGAAAAAUCGGUCAACACGUCCAUCCUUAAAAAACCGGAUUACUCGAUUUCCGCUAUCAUGGAUUUAGACUUCGGCCACGCCGCCGAAGUCACAAAAAAUACGGUAAUGUCUACCGGAAUUACGCACAUAAGACAACAAGAUACCGCCUUUGAAUUCGAGUCCAUCCCGGAACACGCCUCUGAAAAAACCGCUACCGGUAGUGUUAUAGAACACGAAACCGACACAGAAAAUACUACCUGCUCAGAACCCACCUCUGCAAAUAUCGCAACCGGUAAUGUUAUAGAAAUCGCCAACGUCACUGAAGAUACUUCCAUCCCGGAACACGCCUCUGAAAAAACCGCUACCGGUAAUAUUAAAAAACCCGAAACUGACACAGAAAAUACUACCUGCUCAGAAACCGCCUGUGAAAAAACCGCUACCGGUAAUAUUAAAAAACCCGAAACUGACACAGAAAAUACUACCUGCUCAACACCCACCUCUGCAAAUAUCGCAACCGGUAAUGUUAUAGAAAUCGCCAACGUCACUGAAGAUACUUCCAUCCCGGAACACGCCUGUGAAAAAACCGCUACCGGUAGUGUUAUGGAACACGAAACCGACACUGAAAAUACCUUUAUCCCAGAAACCGCCUCUGAAAAAACCGUUUCGGAGAACAAAGAACCUAAAACCGCCAACGAAAUCACAACCUUCGCAGAUCCUGUUUCUUUAAAGAACACUCAAGAGAACACAGAACUCAAACCCGGCACUGACAAUAAGAAAAUUGUAAAACAAGUAAUUAAUUUAGUUCUCUUUUCUGCUGUCUGCUGGGCUGCGUAUAAAUACCUAAAAUAAAUGCGUUGCAUUUUAACCAAAAAAAGAGGGGUUCGGUAAAUGGUAUGGCACUACUUAUCUGGUCGGACGAUUAGUUACGGAACGCAGGAGUGUAGGUUUAAAUUCCAGCUAUCCGGUAGCCGUUCUUUCAUCCAUAUUAACUGGCACAGUCUGUGGAUUACUACAUGUAACUCCUUACCUCCAUAUUUUAUGAGUUCUGUUGGAAUAUCAUCGGUACCUGGUGCUUUCCAAUUCUUUAGGCCACUUAUUGCAAUUGUUACUUCUUCUAGACUAAUAUCUUCUACGUAAGGCUCCGCU